AUGAGUGACUCAAGAUAUUUAUCAAAGGAAUUUAUUUCCGAAUUUUUAGAAAAAUAUCGUGAGUUCCCAUGCUUAUGGAAAAUUAAAUCGAAGGAUUACACAAAUAAAAAUUUAAAAAAUAGAGCCUACGACGAGUUACUAAAAGUGUGUAAAAGUAUUAACCCAGAAGCCAAUCGGGAUUUUGUUGUUAAGAAAAUCCAAAGCUUUAGAGGAUCAUUUCGAAAAGAAUUGAAAAAAGUUGAAGAUUCAAAAAGAAGCGGAAGAUCUGCAGAUGAUGUCCAUAUUCCAACCUUGUGGUAUUACCAUUUGUUGGAAUUCACGGUUGAUCAAGAACUUCCCACUGAUAGUGUUAGUAAUUUUAAUAUCGAAGCAGAAGAUUUAGAUAUUACAGGUGGUGAUAUUACAGAUGAGGUAAGACAAAAAUAUGAUUUACAUUUAAUUAUUUUAUAA